CCGGAGGCGGUGUGCGCGUGUGUGUGACGAUGCAGAAGCGGCGAGGCUGUCGGGCCGUACCACUUUGCUAAAUAGUGGGGAGAGCCGGGAGACGCGGCCACACAGCCGAAGGAACAUGGAGGCGUCGGACGACGGUCUGAGGAAGCGCAGACCCGGGGCCGAGGGAGCGGCCGUGCGGGAGGGAGCCGAGGCGACCGGCUCGGCGAGACGGCACGACGGCGGGAGCCAUGGCGCCGGCUCGUCGGAGCUGCUGCUGUGGCUGCUGUUCGCCUACACGGCGCUACUGCUGCUCGCCGUGCAUCGCUCCUUGCUGCAUCUUCCCGCGCCCCUCGACGAGGCGAACGCGCAGCCCGGGCAGUUCGUGGCCGAGAGGGCGAGGAAGCACCUGGAAUACAUGACUGGUUUGGGGCCGCGUCCCACGGGCAGUGAGGCUGCCGAGGUCAAAACCGUAGCGUACAUCCUGGCCCAAGUGGAGGCCAUAUCGCAGUCGCUGGAGGCGUCGGCAUCCUCGUCGCCGGCUGGCCGACGACCAGCUCACCGAAUCCGCGUGGACUUGCAGCGCCCCUCCGGCUCGUUCAACCUUGACUUUCUGGGAGGGUUCACGAGCGUCUAUGCCAAUGUCAGUAACGUCGUGGUGAGGCUGUCCCCGCGCCACCUGGGCGAUGGUGAUGGAGGCCACGGAGGAGGUGCCCGGCGCCAUGCCCUCCUCGCCAACUGCCACUUCGACUCGGUCCCCUUUGGCCCAGGGGCGAGUGACGAUGCGGUGAGCUGCGCGGUGAUGCUGGAGGUGCUGCAGGUGCUGGCACAGCUGGAGACUCCACUCCUGCAUGACAUAAUCUUCCUUUUCAAUGGCGCCGAGGAGAACGUUCUUCAGGCAAGUCACGGAUUCAUCACCAAGCACCCGUGGGCAUCGCUUGUCCGUGCUUUUAUAAACCUGGAAGCAGCAGGAGUGGGUGGCAAGGAGCUCGUCUUUCAGACCGGUCCAGAGAACCCGUGGCUGGUGCAGGCGUACGUGCGUUCGGCACAACAUCCCUUCGCCUCCAUCAUUGGGCAGGAGGUCUUCCAGAGCGGCAUUAUCCCAUCUGACACAGACUUUCGAAUCCUGCGCGAUUUUGGAAACAUUCCAGGAAUUGACCUCGCGUUCAUUAAAGAUGGAUACAUUUAUCACACGGAGUAUGACUCGGCUGACCGGAUCCCGUCUGGAAGUAUCCAGAGAGCAGGUGACAACAUCUUGGGUCUGGUACGCUACCUGGCAUCCUCAUCUCUGCUGGCCGACUCCAGCGAGUACCGCCAUGGGAAGAUGGUAUUCUUCGACGUGAUCGGCCUGCAGGCCGUGGCGUACCCGGCUCGAGUGGGCAUCCUCAUAAAUUAUCUUCUGGCAUCGCUGGCUGUCCUCUACCUGGCCAGUGCAGGCCUGGCGUACCUGCGGGAGGUCUUGCGGGCAGUGGGCGUGCUGCUGGUGGCCUGGCUGGGUGCCGUGGUCACCGUUGCUGGAGCCGCGCUGCUCAUCACUCUGGUCGGCCGCUCAAUGUCGUGGUACACGGAGAGAACGGUUCUCGUCGGCCUCUACGCCGCGCCCGCCCUCGCCGUCAUUCUGCUCGUGCUCGUCCUGGCCAAGCGGCGGUAUUGCGGCUUGGCGGGACAGACGGGACAGCGGGCAGCUGAAUGCAGCUUUGACGCGGCACUGAUGCUCUGGACCGCGCUGCUAUUGUGGCUCAACACGAAGGGCAUCUGCUCCGCCUUCCUGCCCGCGCUGUGGGUUGGGUUCUCCCUGGCCGCUCGCCCUGUGCUCUUUGGUCUUCAGAAGAAAUCGCUGCACAGAGCAGAAGCGGCUGCGAGUGUUGGCGUGAGCCCGGGUCGCUUCUCUGUCUUCCUGGCGAUACUGCUGCCCCCGUACCUCAUUACGCUGUACUCGCUGUGGAACCUCUACGAAAUGUUCCUGCCCAUCAUGGGCCGCAGUGGCACGCAAAUCGUUCCCGACGUCGUCAUGGCCAUCGUUACCAUCGCCUCCGUCAUCGUGCUUUCUUCCUACCCCGUCUGCCUCGUCUACCUGAUGCCAAGCGCCAAGAGGACGCUGCUUUCCCUGGCAGCGGUCUUUCUCUUGACCUUUGGCCUUGUUUGCGCCGGUUUUUUCUUCCCGUACGGAAACGACUCCAUCCGUCCGACUCCCAAGCGGCUUUACAUGCAACACAUCUCGCGGCGGCUGCACGACGCGUCGGGUGCCGUGGUGCACAGGGACUCCGGCGUGUGGGUGAACGGUUUUGACUACAGCGGCGUGUCGCACCUCGCGGGCAGCAUCCCCGCUCUCAACGACUCGAUGCGCGCGCCCUGCCUCCCCGCGCCUUUCUGCGGCUACCCCUGGUUCCUCCCCGUCAACUCGCUCGUUCGGAAGAGCUGGUAUUUGCCUGCACCAGAUGUCUCCCCGUCUCCCCCAUUGUCAAUGCUUUUGGUUGAUAAAGAGCAGCUUCUUUCGAACACAUGGAGGCUGACCUUUGAGGUGUCUGGACCGCACCACAUAUCCUUGUACGUGCGUGAGCCCGAGGGAGCGACCCUGGUGGGCUGGUCGCUGGGGGAGGGGGCACCUCCGCCACCACAGGACAACUACUCGCAGGCGCGAUUUGUAUUCUACUCGUACGGCACGUACACGGCACCAUGGCGGUUCUGGCUGGACAUGCAGGUCACAGACCCCGAGAAGCCAAUGGUGGAGGUUGCUGUAGCAACACAUUACCUGUUCGGUCCCAGCCGAAGGACCCCGCAGUUGUCCAGUCUGCUCAAGCAGCUGCCUGAUUGGACUUUUUCUUCAGACUGGGUCAGCACCUAUGACUUGUGGGCAUUUUGAAAAGAAAAAUUGAUUUAUUGUGGUGGGAAAAAAAACGACUUAAAAAAAUAAAGAAAUUAGCACAGUUUGUAUGUCAUUCAGAGCAAUGGCCGCACUGGAUGAAAUAACUUUCUGCAAAAAAAAUACCAUUUAAUUUUAGAGUGCAGUGUUUGUUACACACUCAUUCCCCAUUAUUAAUUUAUUGUUCACAUUUGGUAGCGGAACCGUUUUGAGCUGGAAGAUGGUCUCUUUCCCUGGUUCAAAAGUAAAAAAAA